AUGCCGCAUCCGUACCCUCACCCUACCUCCAGCGCUCAGCUGGCAUUCAACGUGUCCGACGAUCCGCAAUCCCUUUUCAACAUAGACCGAAGAUUGUAUUUACAGGCGUCGGAGGCAGACCAAAACAAUAAUAUCCCUCAGCCACAGUCUUACAUCCACAGCGAGCAAGCGCAAGGUCCCUAUGACGAGAGGUGGCUAGACAGCCUCUACGUCCCGUUCAACACGGCGGAUGGCGUCGCCGCCCCGAACGCCUACGAAACUACACAUGUUCAGGGCUUCGCGCCCGCCGAUACCCAGGCUCUGUUCACCCACCCAGCAAUGCCCGGCUCAAACGGCGAAACGUUUCAUCAGCAGUGGGCGCCUUUCAACGCGCCGAACCACAACCCCUCUGGCGGCAACGUUGGGCACGGCGCGUUCGGCGGCAACUGCGUCGUCGAACAAUUCUGGGCAUAUCUUCAGUCACAGCCCCUUCGCCCCCAAGACAUGGACGUGAACGGCAUGCUGCUCCUAGGCCCAACUGGGUCGCUUACUCCGAUGUCUAUGCCGUCGAUGACCGACGCCGAGACUCAUUCGCCGCCUAGUGGCCUCGAUACGCCCCCCAACGCGUUGUCUCCGCAAGCUCGUGCAUUGCGCAUCGACUACGAGCGUCGCUUUGGUUACGGUCAACAUGUUUUGGCGCAGGAACCAGUCGUAACGGCGAGUCAGUAUGGCGUGCCACCCUUUCAGGUGGGCGCGGCACCCCCACUCGUCGAUCCGGCGUAUCUAGGAGCCCACGGUGAGAUUAUGGCGGAUUUUGACUGGUCCGCGAACAUGCAUGGGAUAGGUGGCGUCCAAUACCCCGCUCCGAGUAGCCAAAAUUGGCAACACACGUCGUACACGACGACGAGCCAGGGUAUCGCCACCGGCGCGGCCCUGAAUAACGACAACGUAAUAUCAACCGACCCCACGCGCGCGGGAGGCGCCCGCACGAAAGGCGCCGGCAGUCAAGCAUCGUCGCGGUCCAGAACGGUAAACGCGGUGGCGGGCCCGUCGAGGAAGAGACGCUCUGCGCGUACCCAAGAUCCCUACAAGGACAUCGAAGUUCGUGAGGAGCAUCCACUCUGGCACAGCGCCGAGAAAGAGGAGAAGAUGGGGGCGGACAAGAAAGACGCGCUCACAGAGAUGUUCCACAACUACCGCCGCAAGCUGGCGAAGGUGUGCCUCUUCCCUGGAUGCAAGGACGGGGGAAAGUCCUUGGCUUCGUACCAGUCCUUCGAGAGGCAUGUGCGUCGCGCACACCUCAAGAACUGGCAGACGGCGGUGUGCCCCAUAUGCGGCGAGAAGUAUUCUUGCAAGGAAGCUGUCGUGGCGCACAUGAAGAGGACGGACGGGCAAGACGGCUGCAAGGGGAGCCGCACGGGGAAGAAGGGGAAUAGGUCGAAGGGCAAGGGCAAGCAGACUUGA